AUGCCAAGAAAAAGUAAAACCACGUACAGGAAGAAGACACUUGAUGGGAUGAAGAAAGUUGACGAUGCGGUACUCAUGGGAGCGAGGCCCGAUGAUAUCAUCGUCCCCGUAAUGGGGCCAACUGGAGUCGGUAAAAGCACUUUCAUCAACACUGCAGUCGGUGAGGUUGUGACGCCUGUCGGUCAUGACUUGAUGUCGUGUACGACCAAAAUUCAAUACGCCUUCUGUCCAUGUCCCGGAGAUCCCUCCCGGCGCCUAGUCCUCGUUGACACACCUGGCUUCGAUAAUACAUUCUUAAGUGACACCGAGAUCUUGAGACGCAUUGCCGUUUGGCUGGCAAGUUCGUAUGGCGUCGAUAUGAAAUUGGCUGGCGUCCUAUACCUUUACGACAUUUGCCAAGCUCGGAUGCUGAGUACAUCGCGCAGGAAUCUUGACAUGUUCCGAAGGCUGUGCGGUGAAAAUGCAGAGAUGAACGUCAUUCUGGUAACCACAAAAUGGGGCGAGGUCAACAAGGAUGUGGGUGAAAGACGUGAGCAACAACUGAAGAGCAGCUUCUGGAAGGAUAUGGUCGCAUAUGGAUCACAAGCCGUUCAGUUCGAUGGGUCGCAUGCAUCUGCUUGGAAUGUCAUGCAGCCCAUUCUUACGAACAAGGCAACUGCCGCCGUCCAGAUGAUCCCGGAAACGGACGCAGGAAACACCUUACAGGCGGUCAAGGGGGUGAAGGAAAGGGUUGGAGAUGUGGACGAACAACGGCAAAAAUUGAAGGAGAUCGAGAAAGCACUUCGGGAGCUCUUGAAACAGGUUGACGAGCUGAAGGUGCUGCUUGGUUAG